AUGACUGAAAUCGACAAAACGCUCUUCAAAUCAUCUUGUGAUCUCAUUAUAUCGGGUGCGCAUCAUGAUCGCUGGGUAACUAACUUUUACGUCGGAAACAACUAUAGUAAGCAUCCAUUAUUUGUUUUAGCAGGCUCAACCGCAAAGUCAGGCUUCGAGACCAAUUUCACCGUCAGCACUUACCACGGUUACGAAUUCGUCGGAGCCAUCACGGAAGAUGUCACCAGUCUGCGCAACUCGUCCAUUGUCUCACCAUGGGUACCUAGCGAUCGUCUUGCGAGCAAUGCAACGCAUACAGAUGCCCGGAGAUGA